GAAGGUGCGUCUGAAAUCUACUUGUAUCCAAGCUGGAGACAACACCACAAGGACUUUUCCUUCCUUUUUGCUGCGACAAGCACAUGGACUUAAUUAUCAGCGGAGACAGAAAUAAGAACAAGAAGCAGACUGGCACCUGCCACUGAGAGCCAGAACUUUCUCAAGAGUUGCAUUCGUUCUUUCGGCACGUAUGUAAACAAUAUUUGACUGCGAGCGCAAGUGCCAAGACAUUCCCGAGACUUGCCUGGCUGCUGGGUUCCCAUCACUAUCUUCCUGAGACAUUUCUCCAGGGAUGACUGUCUGAAGGAGGAACGCAGAAAAGAAGCCACCUGACCUGCAGAAGUUACCUGCCCUGAGACGCAAGAAGGGUGAGUUUGUAAUCUUGUGACCCCAGAGGCCAUUGACAAUGCUGACGGUGCUCUGUGUCCUGCUAACCCUGGGGAAUCAUGCCCUUGGUGGAGGUUACGCUCCUAUGCCUCAGAUGAAGUACGUGCAGCCCAUGAUGAAGGGGCCUGUUGGGCCUCCCUUCAGAGAAGGCAAGGGCCAGUAUCUCGAUUUUCCACCGAUGACGGGCAUAACAGGGGAGCCAGGUCCCCAAGGGAAGCCAGGACCAAGGGGACCAGCUGGUCCCCCUGGAUUACCUGGAAAACCAGGUAUAGGAAAGCCUGGUCUCAAUGGUCAGACUGGUCCACAAGGACCUUCAGGAUUACCUGGGAUUGGUAAACCAGGUCUACCAGGUUUACCAGGAAAAAUAGGGCCUAAAGGACUGCCAGGACUUAAUGGCGAGGUUGGGCCUCGUGGAGAGCCAGGCCCACGGGGACUUCAAGGUCAACCAGGAGCGCCUGGGCCUGUAGGUAUUUCAUUGAAUGGUAAACCAGGGUUACCUGGCACUAGAGGCCCGCCAGGAUCAAGAGGUGAGCCGGGGAGUAAAGGUGCACGUGGUGUUCCAGGUGAACCAGGACUUAAAGGGGAAAAUGGCAAUGGACACACAGGUCUAACAGGUCCCAGGGGACCCACUGGCCUUCAAGGACCUCCAGGAGCUCCUGGUGUCCCUGGAUUGGGUAAACCAGGGAUUAAUGGCCUGCCUGGGCCAUUGGGGCCAAAGGGUGAUAAAGGAGCACCAGGAGAUCAAGGACCCUCUGGACAAGUUGGUCCUCCGGGACAACAAGGGCCACCAGGAGCACCUGGUUUGGGAAAACCUGGACUUGAUGGUAUUCCAGGAAACUUGGGCCCAAUAGGCCCAAAGGGGGAAGCUGGCCCCAGAGGAACUCCUGGAUUUCCAGGACCCCCUGGCUAUGGAAAACCAGGACUUGUAGGGCAGAAAGGAGACAGAGGUCCUACUGGAUUACAAGGAGUCCCUGGGGAUAAAGGAGAACCUGGACUGGAAGGUCUACCAGGAGAUUUAGGGCCAACUGGACAGUCUGGGCUUCCAGGUCCACAAGGUUUAAUGGGUCUUCCAGGAAAACCUGGGAUGCCAGGUCUUAAAGGAGAGAAUGGACCACAAGGACCUUCAGGUUUGCCAGGACUUAGAGGAGAUCAGGGCCCGAGUGGGCUGGCAGGAAAGCCUGGCCUCCCAGGAGAUAAAGGUCUACCUGGUCUUAACGGAGCCACUGGCAAACCUGGACCUAAAGGUGAACCAGGUCACAUCGGUCUGCCAGGCAAUCCUGGUUUAAUUGGAGCACCAGGGCCAAAAGGUGAGAACGGGUUUUCAGGAACCCCUGGACCACGUGGCAAUUCAGGGAUUCCUGGACUCCCAGGCCCUACUGGUCAUAUGGGACCUCAAGGCAUUCCAGGAUUGAAAGGCGAACAAGGACCACCAGGGCCACAAGGAAUUGGAAAGCCUGGAGACAAGGGGAUGCCUGGUCCACAGGGACCUCCAGGAAAACAAGGCAAUCCUGGACUCAGCGGUGUACAGGGCCCCCCGGGUCCACCUGGACCUCCUGGGCCCCCUGGCCCCUCUAACGGUGAUUUAAAUCAGUUAGCAGUUCAAGGUCCAAAUAUCGCAGGAGAAUCUGUUCCGAAACCAAAUGUUGAAAGGCCAAACUUUGGUCAUGCCGAGCUCUCUGUCUCCGUGGCUCCUGCUUUUACUGCAAUUUUGACAACCCCAUUUCCACCAUCUGCAAUGCCAAUCAAAUUUGACAGAACUCUUUACAAUGGGCAAAAUGCUUACAACCCUGCCACAGGCAUUUUCACAAGCCCACUGUCUGGAGUCUACUACUUUGCUUAUCAUGUACACGUAAAGGGAACCAGUCUGUGGGUGGCACUGUAUAAAAACAAUGUGCCUGCCACAUACACCUAUGAUGAAUACAAGAAGGGUUAUAUGGACCAGGCUUCAGGUAGUGCAGUGCUGGAGCUGAAGGAGAAUGACCAGGUUUGGGUGCAAAUGCCCUCUGACCAGGCAAAUGGGCUCUACUCCACUGAGUACAUCCAUUCGUCCUUCUCAGGGUUCCUCCUGUGUCCCACAUAACGGUCUGUCUGAGCGGAGAAUUGCUUGCUCAAGUGCCUUGCAGUAACAUCUGUAAUAACAGCGACUAGAUAAUAAGACUUACUGAAUGACGGAGAGGCUGAGUUUGAAGAAGAAGAUGGAGGAUUCAUGCUGGGUCUCUGUUUUCAUCCUCUCUUUCAAAUGUCUGAUUUGAUCAUUGUUUUACUUUCAAGUGUUGUUAUUUUCUGCCUAUAUGAUAAUUUUAUUAUAACUGUUAUAUUAUUUUGGUUGAUGUUGAUAUAUUGGUGUUAUUUUAUUGAUGUUGUUGUAGUUGUUGUUUAUCACGAUCAGACUAUUAAGUACAUGGCAAUGUGUAGGUAACCAUUUAAAGACUUACCCGUGUGACUGCACACAUUGCCAAAUGUUCUGACUCCCAUUGAGGUCCUUUAUAUUGACUCUGGGGUUGUAUGUUCCCCUGGCUGCAGUCAAAUUCACCUAUAUAUUUUUCCCUUAUAUAAAACAGGCUACUUGAGACAUUUCAGAUUUUAGAAUGCAGACAUUCUAUACAAGCAUUGUUAUUGUAUUUGUAUGUUUAAAUACAUCCGUAAUUUAAAGAAUAA